UGGAAAUCUAGAGUCAAAGGUGGGUCUUUUGUUCCUACAUUAGCGAUCGAGAAUCAGGCCCACAAUAGACCUAUUCGGGUACAUGAAGAUCAGUGGAAGAAUUUGUUAUCAUAUUGGGCAAAAGAAGAUGUACAGGAAAUAAGUGAUAAAAAUAGAGAUCAUAGAAAGUGUUCUUCUAUGCAACAAACUACUGGAAAGAUAAGUUUUGCCGAAGUUGAGGAAGAGUUGGUAUGAUUUUAUUUCUUUAUUGUUGAGCUAUUUUACAUUACCAACAAAUGAACGUAUUAGCAUGUUAAUUUCUUUUUGCAGAAAGAAAAAUUGGGUCGAUCCCCAUCACGUGUCGAGAUGUUUGAAGCUUGUUACACUGAUCUCAGUGGUAACCCAUCAUCCGAUGAAGUUGGAGUUGCACUGGUGGUGUUCCUAGUCGUAGUGAGUGUUAUCGAAUGUUUUUGGAAAAUCAAGAAGCGCUGGUAAGAAUGGAAGAAAAAGUAAACGCAGCGACAACUCUGAUUGCAAGUUUAACAAAAAAAAAUGCAGCAGAAUACUAGUUUUUCUACAGGACAGCAACCUACAUCUCCGAGUCAGUCGUCCAACUCAGUAAAUAUAGGACACUCUUUUCAGGUUGGGGAUGAGGUGCUUUUGAAAAGCUUAUUCAAUUCUAGAAAAGUUGUGGCAAAAGGUCGUAUUCGUAGUGUUGAUCCAAAUCAAGAAGUUGGAGGAAAACGACUUGGACUACAAUGGUGUGAAGUUCAAGUUUCAGUUCCAAUAGAAUGGGAUGAAGAACUAAUUAGGCCGUAUUCGAAUUUGUCUACAAUUGGAGACGCAAUCGGAACAUGCGUUGCAUGGCCUCACCACUUGGUGAAAGCCGAUGAUUUGGAUUGAUGAGAUGCUGAAAUAGCUUUAAAAGUGAAGCCUAGCUAGAGGUCUCAUUCUAAAAGAAAGUGAACUGAUGAGCAGAAACUCAUUCUAAAACAAUUGAUAUCAAUAUAGACAAUAUGUAAUAAGCUUUUUACUCAUGAUUGAGUAGCUAUUCCUUCAACAGAAUAUUCAUUAGUGAUGUUUGAAAUUUUAGAUUUGAAAUAAAGCAUUUUAUA